GUUUGGGUUUGAUAAUUGGAAUUGGAAUUACAAUGUCAAAUUAAGCAACCACGUCGGUCAUCCGGUCACACGCUCACACCCUCCCUCGAAAUUCUGGUUAAACCCGACCCAACCACCAAAUCACCACCGGAGCUCGUCGGCCCGAUAUCAUCCAAAGAUUCUUGCUUUUCGGACUCAGCUGUGCUGCUCGUCGCCGGUGGAAUUCUUUCCGCCUACUCCCGCCGGCGGAGAAAGCAAUAACUUUUUUUCCCUGUUUCCAUUGACAAAAACCGGUCUUGUUGGCACGUAUAUGCACGGAGAAGCUUUCAAUUAUCCUCUUGAAACUUUUAUGGUUCGCCUAAUCUAAACGUCCGAACUCCAUUCUGAUGCUAGACACACUUGGGUUAUGAAGCUUGUCCUAGCUCUAGUAUUUCCCAAUGAAUGCCCCAAUUAUAGAUCCACUGCAGGGGGAUUUUCCAGAGGUGAUAGAAGAGUAUUUGGAGCAUGGGGUUAUGAAAUGCAUUGCAUUUAACCGGAGGGGGACACUUCUUGCUGCUGGAUGCUCUGACGGAAGCUGCAUUAUCUGGGAUUUUGAGACCCGAGGAAUCUCAAAAGAAUUGAGGGAUAAAGACUGUCUUGCUGCCAUCACUAGUGUAUGUUGGUCUAAGUAUGGCCACCGCAUACUUGUAUCAGCCGCUGAUAAAUCAUUAACACUCUGGGAUGUUGUCAAAGGAGAGAAGAUUAUGCGCAUAACCCUUCAACAAACCCCAUUGCAUGCUCGUUUACAUCCCGGUUCCUCAUUUCCAACUUCUUGCUUGGUGUGCCCUUUAUCAUCAGCUCCAAUGAUUGUUGACUUGAACACUGGAAGCACAAAUGUACUUCCCGUUUCAACUCCUGAUGCAGGAGGGAGUGGACUGGCACCACCUUCACGCAAUAAAUUUUCAGACGGAUCUGCUCCUUUCACUCCUACAGCAGCUUGCUUUAACAAGUAUGGAGAUCUGGUUUAUGUUGGAAAUUCAAAAGGGGAAGUACUCAUAAUUGACCAUAAAACCGUCCAAGUGCUUGGCAUCAUUUCCACUCAAGGAGGUGCUGUGGUGAAGAAUAUUGUAUUCAGCAGGAAUGGGCAGUUUCUUUUGACAAACUCUAAUGAUCGUACACUCAGGAUUUAUGAAAAUCUUCUUCCAUUAAAAGAUGGAUUGAAAAGCGUGUAUGAUGCAAGUAAUAACUUGAAUGAGUUAGAAGGGGUAGAUAAACUUAAAGCUGUAGGGUCUAAGUUUUUAACUCUAUUUAGAGAGUUUCAAGAUUCCAUCACCAGAGUGCACUGGAAGGCACCAUGUUUUAGUGGUGAUGGUGAGUGGUUGGUUGGUGGUUCUGCUAGCAAAGGAGAGCACAAGAUCUACAUCUGGGAUAGGGUUGGACAUCUUGUUAAAAUACUUGAAGGGCCAAAGGAAGCCUUGAUAGAUUUAGCGUGGCAUCCUGUCCACCCUGUUGUUGUUUCUGUUUCAUUGACGGGAUUGGCCUAUAUUUGGGCUAAGGAUUACACUGAGAAUUGGAGUGCAUUUGCUCCAGAUUUCAAAGAACUCGAGGAGAAUGAAGAGUAUGUAGAAAGGGAAGAUGAAUUUGAUCUCGUGCCUGAAACAGAGAAGGCUAAAGAACCCGAUGUCAAUGAAGAUGAAGAAGUUGACAUUGUGACAGUGGAGAGAGAUACAACAUUCAGUGAUUCCGAUAUAUCGCAGGAUGAAGUUCUCUUCUUGCCAGUCGAUCCAACACCUGAUCAUUUUGAGCAGCAGGACAAGUGUGUCAGUAGUACUUCAAAGCUAGCGGAUAGCAACCAGUCAGGAUCCCCUCACUCCGAAAAGGCUGAGCGGAACGGGCAGACUGCUAACCAUGAAGUCAGUCCAUCUGAAGCAAUGGAUAAUUCUACUGCAGAAGAAACUAGUGCAAAAGGGUUGAGAAGAAAACGGAAGCCUUCUGAGAAGGUAUUGGAGUUGCAAGCUGAAAAGGUUAAAAAACCUUCUCAGAAGAAAUCAUCUGGUAAACGUCAAAACUAGAAGUAAAGAAUAGUUCAAGAGGGAAUUAGUUUUCGAAACUUUUGUGGCGGAAUCCAUAAAUCCAUUGAGUAUUUUUCUAUUGUAUCAUUACCUGAUCACUCCUAUGACAAUUCCUAAUUCCCCAAUCUGUUUAGAGGUAGAUUAUGAAAUUAUGUCCAGGCAUUAUCACCUUUUUGUCAACACCUAGUGUCUGCUAUUUUAUAUUAUUUUUUUGAAAAUGAAUUUCUCGAUCAGUAUAACUGAUACUGGUAUUAUUUAUCUGCUGGCAAGCAAUCUGCAAACAUUGGGCAGACUGACGCGUCUUCGUUUUCUUCUGCCACUCUUUUUGAGUUCAUAUUAUUGGCUGUAUAACUGAUAAUUCAUUGUAUAUCCUCAAAAAUAGACAUUUCUUUCUUAUUGAAUGCAUUAGAUGCUCAGCCCGAAUGUGUAAAGCAGUCAUUGGACAUUUCAAGUAAAAUGUUUUACGAUGUAUGCUGUUCACCGGACAGGUUAUAGUUUUUUUGAAAUCUAAACUACACACAUACAGCCUUU